UCUCACAUAAACGGAUACUGUCUCUUUAAGAGUCACACUCGUCUGAGUGUACUCGGCCAUUUCCGUCUCUUGCCAGCCGGCGGUGUCACUCAACAACCGUGGAGACUUCAAAUCACUCCAAACAUACCACACACUGCUGAAUAGGAAAAGCUGUCACAAAUUGUUCCGCUGUACUUCUGAUGAUCAGCCAUGGAUGAAGAUGACAGCCAAGAUGAGCUGAUCAACCGCAGUGCUUCCCACAGCAAAGGAAAAAGGGCUGCCUUGUGGGCCAUCUCAGAUGACUCGGAUGAUGUUGAAGAGGAGUCUGAGGAGGGAGAAUCUGACAGUGGUGAGGAAGAUGAGGAGGAUCAUCUCGAUGGAGAGGAUGUAGAUGAUGAAGAGGAAGAAGAAGGAAAUGAAGAAGAAGAUGAUGAGGAAGAGGAGGAAGAUGUUAAGCCCGAGGAUGGUGCUUUAGGGGGGACCUCUGCUGACUUUGCAGAGAUGAGCUCGGAUGAGGACUCAGAGAAGUGUCCCAUCUGCCUUAACUCAUUCAACAGCCAGCCUGUUGCAACACCAGAGGACUGUGAGCACUACUUCUGUCUCGACUGCAUCCUUGAAUGGGCCAAGAAUGCAAACUCGUGUCCUGUAGACCGUAUUGCCUUCAACAACAUAUACCUAAGGAAAUGUUAUGGAGGCAAAGUGAAGAAAAUGAUCACUGUACAAAAGCCUGUGAAGGAAGGUCAAGAGGAAACAGUAGAUUUGGACCUCGAGCAGACCAAUUGUGAGGUGUGUGGUGGCAGUGACCGUGAGGACCGCCUCUUGCUCUGCGAUGGCUGUGAUGCAGGGUAUCACAUGGAGUGUCUCACACCACCUCUUGACUCUGUUCCUGUAGAGGAAUGGUUCUGCCCUGAAUGUGAAGCCAACAAUCGUCACUCAAGGGGUUCAGCUGAGGAACUUAGUGAUGCAGAGAGCCUGCCUUCCACUGCCCGCUCUGCCACCAGCCGCCAUCAGCCUCGUGCCACAGGUCCCACCAGAGCAAUCGCCCGAACUCAGCAGAGUGAGAGGGUUCGAGCGAAUGUAAACCGACAUCGCAUCACACAGGCACGCACAUCACAGUUUGCUCCCACAUAUCUGAUGCAGUCCACAUGGCUGGAUGAGACUAUUAAUGCUGUGGUGGCUGGGCUCAAUACCUCUGUGUAUAUACGGGACUUAACACCUCGUGCCCCAUCUAGCCGCAGGCGCAAGACUGGAAAGCGGAGAAAGGUCAGACGCAAGACGACCUCUUCUUCUAAGGGUAAAAUGGGUAAAGCUGCAAGUACAGGAGUCAAGAGGAGGAAACGGAGAGUGAGGAGGACUAAAUCCAGAAAAAAGCUGAUGUUGAAAAAGGCAGUCAACCCUCGAAGCCGUAUUGCUAAUAAUCUUGGAAUUGUAAAGGACAAGAAGAGUUCUUCACUUCCCACGGUAUAUCGGCCCUCAGAGCACACGCUAAGCAGUAUGCGUGCCGACAUAGGAGCUGCAUCCCUUUCUAUCUACGGAGAUCCAUUUGACCUGGAUCCAUUUGUGGAUCGUGAGGAGGAAGAGCAGCAGGCCCGUGUUACAUCGCUGCUGGAGGCAAAGAGGCGAGGGAUCUCUCGCUCUGCUCUUCGCUCUCACCAGCCUGUAGCUCGACCAGUCACUGCAAGCCUUUCCAGGAGGGGUAUGGAUGUCCCCCAAUCAGGGGGUGUUGUGGAGGCGGCUCCUGUGCCUGACCUUCUUGGCAGUAUCCUAUCAGGACAGAGCAUGCUCUUGAUGGACAGCUCUGAUGUCGUCAUUAAUCGGGAUGGUUCCCUUAAAGCUACAAAGCCAGUGAUGCCAUCCGCAUCAAAUCCAGGUAGCAGCAAAAGCAGUAGCUCAGGAGAUGCCAGCACCCAGAUCAGCGAAGAUCUACCUGGAUCCUCCCACAGCUCCAUGAACAGACCUUUGUCACAGAGCUCUGCUUGCUUACCACCUUCUACGCCCUACUUAGGAACCCACACACAAGCACCUCCCCAUUCUGAUUUGCCACCCAGGGGUCAUCCAAAUUUGCAGCCAUCUCGUCCAAACAGACCCACAUCCUCCCUUGGUCACCGAGGAACCAAUGGAUUUGGAGCCCCUAGGGAAACCACCUCCUCAUCCAUCCACCCUGCCCCAGACUCGAACUCCAAGAGCAAGGAAAUGGCUCCAUCACACUCCCAACCUAAAGGGCCUACAAAGCCCAUGUGGGUAGAUGUAUCGGUGCUUCCUCGGAUACCAAAAAUAAAAAGGGAGAGUAGCGGUGUCACAAAUGAUGGAGCUAGUCAAGGUGGCAGUAAUAGAAUUAGUAAUAGUAGGGGAAGUAGCAGUAAUUCCACCACUAGUAGCCAUGGUUACGGCAUGCCUGAAACGGGCAUAAACAGCCUUGCUGGGGACAAGACUAGGCAGCAAAGUGUAGACCAGCAAAAGGGCAGGGGUGAUGGACAGGCCCAGAGGCAUAGGUCUGACAGAGCAAGCUCGUCAACAGCCUUCUCCAACUCAUUUUCCUCUUCUUCCUCCUCCACUGGCUCACCUGCCAACCAGCCACAUUAUUCUUCAUCUUCCUCAUCUUCAGCAGCAGUGAGCUUCCGCAUUAACUCCAGUGGGAACUCCUGGCAUUCAAGGCGGUUAAGUAUUGCAUCAUCCUCUGCUACUGGGGGCAGCAUGCAGGAACCCUGGAGAGAAAAGGAAGAUGAAGCAAGAAAGAGACAGAUGCACAGGGAUAAACAGAUGCUCUUGGCAUCACGGACACUGGUCAAUAAGGAACAAGACGGUAAUAAUAUCUAUGAUCCCUUUAAUCCCACUCUUUCAGACUCAAGCAGCUCAGACAGUGAAGCUGAGAGCUCAAGCCUGGAUAGCAGCUCUCGACAUGCCACACACGAGGGGAAAGCUCCUAGUGUAGGAAAGAAGGAGGAUUUAUUGCAAAGAAAGCAGGACCUUGUUCAUGUGAAAAGUGAACCACAGGAGACUGAGGUCUCACAGGAAGAACCACAUAGAUCUAGUGCUCAGGAAACCAUAUCACUUGAGGUCAAAUGCUCACAGGUGUAUGUUAAGGAUGAAAAAGAAACAAGAUUAGUGGACACUAAAGUUGAGAAACAAACAGUAUUACUUGACACUAAAGUUAAGAAAGAGCCAGGGUUAGAUGAUGCAGGGGAAGCUGAACAGUGUGGUCACAGCGUAAAAAUGUAUUUGAAUUCAGAGACAGCAGCCACUACACCACCUGCUCAUCACAGCUUGAAUCUUUUAAAGACUGAGAAAGUGUCUCCGGAAGAGGCGAGAGGACAGAGAGAGGGAACUGCCAAAAGUGCCCCAUCUAACUGCAAGAGCGAUUCAUCGGCAUCCAGUUCUACGCCCACCAAGAAGAAACAAAAGGCAGAAUCUAAAUUGGAUUCCACAACCUGUUCCAAGUCCCCAUCAAGAGAUUUGGGCCCUAAAAAGAAACCCUCCAAAGCUUCAAAGGAGCAAUGCUCUAGUAGUUCAGAGAUGGACAGGGCCAGGAGAGGUGACCAUCAUACCUAUGGCCAGGGAGGCAGGCAGAAAGAAAAGGAGAAGGAUAAAGAAAGGAGUUCCAGGCGGUCAAGGUCCAGAGAGAAGAGGAGGGCACACUCAACCUCAGAAAGCUCUCAGUCCAAUUCGCCUGAUAGGACUUCCAGAAAGAGACAGCGAUCCCGGUCCCGAUCCAAAGGCAGGAGGCGGUCCAGGUCUGUUUCCAGCUCCAGCAGCAGAGAGCGUUCAAGGAGGAAGAAGCAUAAACAAACUAGUAAGGAGAGAAAUGAUGGCAGAGAGCGAGACAACGAGAGACAACGUGUGUCAAAGGAUAAGAGACGUGGUCGAUCUCGGUCAAAGUCUCAGUCUCAGUCUCGGUCACAGUCUCGGUCACAGUCACGUUCCAGGUCUAGAUCCACAUCUAGAUCAAAGGAUAAUAAACGUGGUCGGUCUUGUUCAAAAUCACGGUCAACAUCACGGUCUAGAUCCAGAUCCAGGGAAAGGAGGAAAGAUCGCACACGACUCCAACAACCAUCUCUCUCUUCUAGAGACAAGGUGAUGUCACGAUCAAAAGACAAGAGGAGACACAGGUCUAGAUCAAGCUCAAGAGAGCGGAGGAAAGAAGGAGGAUCAUCAUCUAAGACGUCACAGAAAACUUCAGGGUCCUGUGUUUCAACUUCUAAAGACACGAAGCAGUUACAGGACAAGAAAAAAGAGAAGGAUAUCAUCCAAAGCUCCAUCAAAGAGGAAAAAAUUUCUAAAAGGAAUAAACAGGAGUUGCCCUCAUGUACCCCCAUCUCUAAAAUUAAAAAGGAAUGCAAAGACUCCGGGGCAGACAGCAAGGCCACAACAGCAGAGGUGACAAAAGAGAUAAAGAUUGCAAAAGAAAUUAAGAAAGAAAAAGGACCUUCUCUUGAUAUGUUUGAAGAUUCUCCUGUUACUAAAUCAAUUAAGAAAGAAGAAAUGGACACAUCUACUUUGACAGAAAUCCAAGGUGUAGAUGAGGAGGGAAUCAAAGAAAACCUAAUCAAGACUGAGACUUGUGAAAUCACGAUUAAAUCAGAGCCAAGUUCCCCAGAAUUGUGCCAUUUACCACCUGUCACCUCAUUUUCCACAUUAACCACAUCUGUUACAGCAGACAGUCACCAGGAUGCAGUCUCUCAGUCCUACCCAGGCUUAAAGACUUCAACAGAACAACCAAACACUACAGGGUUGACUGUCUCUGUAAAGCAGGAAGUUCAGCAACCCUCAGACUCUGAUGAUGACUUCAAUGUCGAUGUGAUGCUUGACAACCUGGACUACGUAAAGUCUGAGCACACAGAGGCAAGUGGUGCAUUUGUCAAACAAGAGAAAGAGGUAGAGGAGGUGAAAAAUGAAGGAGAGCAGGUGUUGGCUGUAGUUGGAGCCAAAUCCAAGACUCAAGUGAAGAGGGUUACUUGGAAUAUACAGGAACCUGAGGGGCCGCAACCAGAGAAAUCUGCAAGCAAAGUGGCUCUGUAUAAACUGAAGUUGAAGCAGGAGGGAGUUCGCAGACCUUCUAUGACAGUCCAGACAACUAGUCAGGACGUCAGUGACUCCUCCAAGAAAGGGGGAGUCUGUCCCCUCAGUGCUUCCUCUAGGUCUGAUGGCCUAAAUCCAGAGGGGUUAUCAAUAACUGGACAAGGAGAAGCCGAGGAAGGGGAUUUGUCGAGGAAAGACAAGUAUUUGAAAAAGCUGCACAUGCAGGAGAGAGCUAUAGAGGAGGUGAAGCUAGCUAUCAAGCCUUUCUACCAGAGGAGAGACAUCAACAAGGAUGAAUACAAAGAGAUUCUCCGCAAAGCCGUCCAGAAGGUGUGCCACAGCAAGAGCGGUGAGAUCAACCCAGUGAAGGUGGGCAAUCUGGUCAAGGCAUAUGUGGACAAAUACAAACAUGCUAGGAAACACAAGAAAGGAGAGGACUUAGGGAAUGCACUGGAGGUACAGACUGAGGCCAUGAGAAGCUCUGACAGCCCCUGAGGAGGCGUAAACUGCAGGCAAGGACUGCCACACCCACCACAAACACUCAUUCACAUGUUAAACUAUGUUUUACUCCGUGUCCUACCCGAGUUAUGAUCUCAAACGCUCUGACAUAGCCAAUCUACAUGGUUAACUAAGAUUGCUCACGGAAGAUGGAACAUUUUGUACAAUGUCGAGCUUUCUACCCUAACAGAAUGUCUGAGGUCAAACAUUUUUCUCUGAUCACUUGAAAAGCACCUAUUGGUGUCCUGUGCUUGGACCGCCACUGCCGAAAAGUGGUCUUUUUGUGUAGUACAGCUCAGAAACUUAAUGGGAGACUCUGAGGUUGUGCCUUAAAGAGGCAAAUAUGAAAGACCCUCCCAUGGAGUGAUAAAUCAGGUAGCUUUCCCAGCAGGCAUAUCACUGGGAGGACGCAGCGUGGGCUUUGAGUUUUCUCCAGCUUUUUUGUUUUGUGGGACGGCAGGGGUAUUUAUCAGUGGCAAAACUAAUUUUGUUGGUUAAGAGGUGGUAUAAAAGUAUGCAGAGUAUGCAUAUUUAAGACAUUUGUCACAUUAAGAAACACUGUUAUGCAAUUUUUGUAGAAAAUUUAUCAGUAGAGUAAUUAAACAAUUUUAGAUUUGGUUGUAAAUAAUAUAGAUUUGAUAUAUCCACUUACAUGUUCCUUUCAUCUGUGUUGCCUGUUUAAAAUGAUUGACAUAAAUGGUUCUAGUUUAGAGUUGAUUGUUUUUUGUUUUGUACUUAAAAGCCUCUGUUAUCUGUCUUCCACAUUUCUAAUAUACCAUGUUUAAUGAGCUAAAGUCCAGCGUACUCCAGGUGAAUUGUGGCUCAGUAGUUUGAAAUUAACAACAUGGUUACUCUUCUCAAAUAACGGUCUCUUCUCUUUAGGCAAACUUGAUUUCUUAUGGUCUGAAAAAGUCUUGGAAUGUCAUCAUUAUCCUUUCAACCCCUGACUUAAAUGUGGAAAACCAGGUUUUAUAGAACCAGGGAAAAUUUUUGUUUUUGUGCCAAACUAGUAAAAAUAAUAGUAAUAAAAAAUGCACCGUUUCCCUGAAUAAGUAAGAUUUAAUUUGUUUUUUGGGCAUUCUGUUUUUAAACAUGGCGGCUACAAUACCACAGUGAGUUAGAUAGAUUUUACUUUGGAGUGAAAAGUGUUAUAAUAUCAAAUGCAUAUCUCAAUGAGGUUUAACCCCCUUUAUCUCACAAAAAAUGUUAAUGUGUAGAGUUUGUCACUGACCAACCUGGUACUCUCAUGUUCAAACAUUUUAACUACAAAAAUAUCUUUUUCUUUUUGUAUUUAUUGUUUAUUAAUAAAUAUUGAGCUAAUUUCAUUGGCAGAAUUUCAUGGUUUUGUGAUCAAUUUAUUGUCUGUAUAUUAGAAAAAUAACGGAACAUCUUAUAAACCACAGCGUUUUCCAAUGUAGGUAUAACAGAAGUAAGUACAUGCCUUUAGUUGGCAACACUGAAUUAGUCGUUUCAUUGUUAACCUUAAAGUGUCUGCAUUACUUGAUUCCGGCCUCAUUAAUGACUUUGGCUUGUCAGUGUAUCUUUAGCCUAAGAGCUCACUCUUGUCGAUAUCCCUUGCUACUCUUCAUUGCUUUCUUUAACUAAUUUCUACUUGUUCGCCAUUUUGUUUUCUUUACUAGUUACUUUGCCCACUGCAAAGACUGACCAGGUGGGCAGUUUGACAUUAAUUCGGCUUUAUAAAGCCAAGGACUGGACGAAUAUAAAAAUCAAAACAAAACAGGUGCUCAUUUAUCUGAAUGUAUUUCGUAUUUUUUUCUGUAUUUACUUGAUCAAACAUGCCAGAUGUUUCUAAGAGGGAACACAGUAAUAAAUGACUGAUGAUAAUUAGGGUUUUGUCUCAGUUUAAUUCAAGAACUUAGUCAUAUUCUGUCCUGUUAUAUUUGUUUUUAAGGAUUUCAGGUUUUGAAGUGGUAAAAUCUGAACAUAUACUAUGAGAAUCAUAGUUAUGGCUGACUACAUUCAUUUUUUUUCAGCCUCUUCAUAGUCAUUUGUAUUUUUUUUUCAGGGACAAUGUUUUAAUAAAAAAACAAGAUCUUU